AUGCACAGCACCUCGACUUCUGUUUCUCUAUCUUCUUCUUCUUCUUCUUCUUUUUCUUCUUGGAUGAGGAAAGUGACAGUUGAAAAAAGUUGCCUUGUGCCGAGAAACUCUUCUGCGCGUUCUCCCUUUCGUCGUGGCAACAUUGGCGUCGGUGUUCAACGAUGCGCAACGCCAACGAGAAUAUAUGCCGCUUCAACGACCAAACCGGAUUAUUCGUCGCCAGAUUUUGAGCUCGCGCACGCUCCGAUUGAGAAACAACUUUUACCAAACGGUCCGUGGAAAGUCAUCCCAAACGCCGGCGUCACCGCGCCGGAAGGGUUUCAAGUUUCAGCCUACAAAGCUGGUUUAAGAAAAUCAGGCACUAGAGCAGAUUGCGCUUUGAUCGUUGCCGACGAAUCGUGCUCGUGCGCUGGAGUGUUCACGCUGAAUGCCGUGUGUGCAGCGCCGGUGCAGUUUUGUAAAAAACAAUUGGAGGUGAAAUCGACUUCGAGAGCUAUUUUGAUCAACGCAGGACAAGCGAACGCGGCGACUGGUGUUCUUGGCGACGAGGAUGCCAUGACGUGCGCCAAAGCGGUCUCUGACGUCACCGGACUCGAUUCUUCGGAUGUUUUACUCAUGUCAACUGGCGUUAUCGGUCGCAGAAUUAAAAUGGAUAAAUUUGUACCGGCAAUCCAAGCGUUGGGAGAACAUCUCGAACGAUCCGACGCGGCGUCCAUGGCGGCUGCUACAUCCAUCUGCACGACGGACGUUGUUCGAAAAACGCUCGCCAUUGAAGUGGACAUCAAUGGAACGAAGGUGAAAUUCGGAGGCAUGUCGAAAGGGAGUGGGAUGAUUCACCCCAACAUGGGCACGAUGCUCGCGGUGGUCACCUCGGACGCCAACGUUUCGCCGGAUGUUUGGACGAAAAUGGUCAAGCGCGUGGGGACAAAAAGUUUUAAUCAGAUUUCUGUCGACGGCGAUACGUCUACAAACGAUUCACUCGUUUGUUUUGCUUCCGGUAGAAGUGGCAUGAAGCAAAUAACCGAUGAAAAUUCCCCAGAGGCGAAACAGGUUGAGGAAGCGCUCAAUGCUAUCAACUUGGGUUUGGCUAAAGCAAUUGCGUGGGACGGCGAAGGCGCCACGUGCCUUUUUGAAACGAAUGUCAAGGGCGCAAAAGAUGACGAGGACGCACGCACCAUAGCAAGAAGUGUAAUUUGCUCGUCUCUUUUGAAAGCGGCUAUAUUUGGCCACGAUCCGAACUGGGGAAGAAUUGCCUGUGCGGCGGGCUACGCCAAGACGAAGUCUGCUUUGGAUCAAAAUCGUCUGAACAUAGCAAUGGGAGGCAUUACGCUGAUGAAAGAUGGACAACCGGUAGACUUUGACGAAAAAAAAGCGUCGACGUAUUUGAAGGAAACGACGUCGAAGCACGGUACCGUAGUUGUUGACAUUGAAGUUGGAAAUGGAAGCGGCUACGGACAAGCCUGGGGUUGCGAUUUGUCUUACGAUUACGUCAAGAUUAACGCUGAGUAUACGACCUAA